UCCUCUACAUUCAUCGAGGCAUUUUCAUCACAAUGACAUCUCUGAAGUUUGCCUUUUAUCUGACUGGUCUGUUCUUGUGGAGAUUAGCUUUGACCAAUAAUGCAAAGGACCAUGUUCAUCUGCGUCAAGAGAGUGGUUUUAUAUCAAGGAACGUGGGAGAAAACGUGACUUUGCGAUGUUUCUAUAAAAGUGAUGUUGCAGCUAUGUUUUAUUGGUACAAGCAAAGUGUGGGAGAUAAGCCCAAGCUCGUCUCUUCCUUCUAUAAACAUGAUCCACAUGGCACUUUCAUUGGUGAAUUCAAAGGGAAUCCAAGGUUCUCGUUGGAAAUUCAAAAGGGUAACAACCACUUGAAAAUAUCUGACUUAGAUAUUUCAGAUACAGCCACUUAUUACUGUGUAAGCUGCUAUGCAUACAAAUUUGAAUUUGCCGAGGGCGUUACAGUCAGUGUAAAGGGUUCUGGAUUGAACCUUAACGCUUCAGUCCAUCAGUCUCCAUCUGAGACCGUCCAGCUAGGAGACUCUGUGACUCUGAACUGUACAGUAUACACUGGGACCUGUGAUGGAGAACACAGAGUUUACUGGUUCAAAGACUCUGAAGAACCUCAUCCAGGACUCAUUUACACUCAUGGAGAUGCAAAUGAUCAGUGUGAGAGGAAUCCCCACAUGCAAACACAGACUUGUGUCUACAACUUGGCAAUACAGAGCCUGGACCAUUCUCACAAUGGAACCUACUACUGUGCUGUUGCCUCAUGUGGAUACAUACUGUUUGGAAAUGGGACCCAAUUGGAAUUAGCAGAUGACUUCACAUCUUCUGACUUUCUUGUGCAUUUCUUAAGUGGAGUUCUGGCAUUCACCAUCCUCCUGAGUAUUGUAAUGGCUUUCCUAGUGUGCAGGAUGUAUAAAAGUGACCACUGCCCGUGUACAGAAUCUCAAGGGAGAUCUUCAGAUUCCUCCGGCGCUAAUGGAGAGGAUUACCAGGAUGCAGACAACCUCCAUUAUGCUGCUUUGAGGAAACAAAAUUUCAACCGAUCACGAAGACAGAUGGAUGACACCUACAAUCAGUGUGUGUACUCUACUGUAAGACACUAGAGGGGUUUUAUCUGUACUCUAAGGAAGUAUAGAUGAAAGCAUAGAUGAGUAUAUGAGAUUCUAUGGGCGUUUCUCAAACACAUUCUUCAAGGCCGGCUGUGAAUGAUGAUGAUGAUGAUAUUUACUUGUCUUGUUCUGAA